AUGCAUUGUAGAUGUUGCGGAAAAUACAUCGUUCAUUAUAACACUGUGAGUUUAUUUGGAGAGACUGCUUCAAAGGAAAAUAUAAUAGAGGCAAUAGAAAAAUACGGUGGCAUAACAGUUCGUGCUACGGAAAUAGGCAAAUCUUCCAAGAUAUGCAGGUGCUGCUUUACUAUUUUGAAGGGUAUAAACGACCGAGUGAAAAAAAUUGCAUCACUCUGUCAAAGCGCUGCGGAAAAAUCAUCUGGUGAAGUAAUUGGUACAAGUCAUGCUAAACGCACAUACGAACAACAAAAAAGCCCAGCAAGUAAAACUUUAUCACCGUCCAUAAACCUUCAUAGACCAAAACGUAUAAGACCGUACCCUUCCCCUACGUCCACUUCUUUUGAGUCCCACCAACAGUCAGGACAAGCACAGCUAUAUCGUGGGUCGUUGUUGGCGACGUUUUCAUCUACGAUCGGACAGUCUAGAAUCCAAUCUGCGCAACCGUCAUCUCAAGUGACUGAGACUCGAAGUCAUGAAAUUCUUCGACUUGCUGGAUUACGGAGCGCUGAGGUAUUGUACCAAGUACCAUAAAUCCUUAAAUAAGCGCACCCGCUACUGUAGCAUGAGUAUAUGUAUAAUGAUUGUCUUUCCAAAUUUUCAUGAAUGAUUAUUGUGAUCAACUACACCCGUACCGUAUGUUCCUGAAACUAGGCACGUAACAAGCGAUAUCUGGGGGUGGGGGUCGACUUCCAAACAUUAUUUUGCGAUAACGGGUGGGGGUUAAAAAUACUUUUUCAGACCUUUUUCGACCUCAAUUUUUCAGAAUAUUCCUUAAUAUUUAACACGUUAUGCAAUUCUAGCAUUCCGGGGCCCCAUCUGGGGAAAUUGGGCCCUCUUUCUUGACUUUUCUUUGGGAGGAGGGGGGCAGGUUACACCCCCAGCAGUAUCUGUUUCUAUUUACUUCUGUCCCUUAAAAGUCCAAUCAUAGAGGGCUCCUUUCUAUUAACCUCUCCACCUUUAUAUUACACCCCUAAUUAUUGAGCUUCCUUUCUAUUACCCCCUCCCUAAUAAGCUCCUCAAAUAAGCUCUCCUGUAUUAAGCCCCCUUUCUUUACAGCCCCCUUUCCAAUAGGCCCCGUUCCAGUCUCCUCUCCAUUAAGCCCCUUUUCUAUUAGCUCUCAUCUCUAUUAGUUUUAUAUUUAUUACGCCCAUUCUCUAUUACACCCGCUAUUGAGCGCCCAUUCUCUAUUAUACCCCUGUUUUAACCCCAUCUCUAAUAAACUUCCUGAUUGUGCUAAUAUGUUCUUUCGAUAGAAACACAAUAACUUAAAGUUCCUGUAUUUGGAUGCUUAACACUCCCCCCCCCCCCCAUCACGUCCCUGACGUCUAAAGGCGCAGCAUCAUUAUGCACUCACAACCUCAACCACCAGUCUCCCAGUGCAAGGAAUGCAUCUUACGUGUCAAAAAGGCAUAACUUAAAACGAUAGUAUUUUUUAAGUAAGUGAGUAAAUUGCCUAACCUUUGUACACAAAUAUUUUUUUAGAGUUCCCAGACACAACCUAUGUUGACAGAAAGCGAUGCCAAAAGUCUGUACUUAGCUUUGAACACACGAAUUCCUGCAGAAAUUUGUCGGGUCAUUUUUUCAUUGCCCAACUUAAGAAGCUCUGUUAAGUAUACUAUGAUGAAAGAGAUUGACGAUCAAUGUAAUAAGUUAUGUAUACGUAAACGCCGCGACACUGGACAGGAGCCCUCAGUUCUACUUACCAAGCGUAAGGACACAAAGCAACAGUUAGAGGAAUUCACGUGGACAAAAGUACUAGAAGAGAUGAAAGAAAGAGCACCGGAUGUUUUAGAUUUUCUAUGUUCAAUAAGUAUUCCCAAACUCAAAGAUACGGACAAACAGGUCGCGCCACUCUGUGUAGCAUAUGGUAUCCUGCUCAACAACAGAUGGAGGGAACUUAGUGUAAUUCAAAAAGUUAUAACAACCUUGUUUGGAGUAGGACAUUGCACAGCGAAGGUAUAUUACUUGAAAAUAUCACUGCCAUGAAUUUGAUAUGAAUUAAAUCAUAAUCAUAUUUUCAUGUUCAAACUUUCAGUUUCAUGUUCCACUUUCAGUACGUUAUAAUUUGGCCUUCAUUCCGUUUUAUACGUACUAUACGUUUGCUAUGAGAAUUCUCAUUCAGUCAUCCAACUAACAGCUAGCAUAUCCUUUAGUUAUACAGUCUGUCAAGGUAUCGACCUUACAACAGAUCGCACAAUUGUCGAUCUGCUUUCCUUUACAAUUUUCCAAACCUACUCACGAUUUCAUGCACGUAAAUAUUAAUAAUUUUAUUUCUUCUCUUCUUCCUAUACAGACAUUUGACCGAUGUAACGCUCUUGGGAUUUGCCAGGUACGGCAUUCUUUCAGGAACAUUUUGGACGAUCUGCAGGACGGCGUUAUGGAUUACAUCAGAAAAAUGGUUAAAGAAGGAAAAGAAAUCCGAUGGACAUUCGAUAAUUUCGACUUCAACAUUUUAACCAACAUCAUCAUUAGUGGAUAUAAGAAUUCAGACAUGCAUUGGAUAUGUCAAUAUAUAACAUUCGACAGAGUACCGUCUUCCCACUUGGACGACUCCAAACCAUUGGUUGAAGAUAUCUCCAAAUUUGAGAACAAGGAGUAUCUGCUGUCUAAAAGUGAAUUGCAGAAUACGCGAUUCGAGUAUAUUGUGCUGAUUAGCCGGAUUCUAUUGGACUUUUUUCCGUGUUUGAAAGUUAUAAAGAACGUUGUUCCCUCCCAUAUCGAGCAUGUAUUUUCCAAGGAAAUGGCCGAGAAAUCAGAAGUUAUUAACAUGCCAGUAGUACCAUUCAACCAAAAUAAAACAGCGGACAUUUGCAAGUACGUAGAAUAUGUCACUGAGUUUUUGUACCAAGUUUAUCGUGAUCCGAGCGAAGAUGAGCCAGAAUGUCUUGAUGAGACGCCAUCAUCAGCUGAGACCGCAGCUAAAAAGUCUGAAGUACUUCAAAACGUGAAGGUUCCACUGGUUGGAGACCUUCUUGGUAGAGAGAGGUUGACUGGUGCUAAGAAGACUAGAACGGGGUGUGACUAUUCAAGCGAUAAUUUGAACAGACAGUGGAAAUCCCAGCUGUUUGGCACGCAAAACAGUUUUUUUUAAGCGUAAGUCAGCAAUACUCGUGAUACAAAUAUAGUAAUAUACGAUAAAACGUAAUGACCACUGCAUUUACACUUGCAUGCAUGUUCUUUAGCGUUAAUUGGUUAAAAUAACGCGAGGUUGAGAGUCGAUCACAUUGAGAAGCUAUGGUUAAAUUUGUCCCGCGGUCAAACGAGACAAGAGGUGGAGAUAUAGAUUCAUGUCUCGCUGUUCAUGAGUUAGGGUCAGCGGUUAGGGUUAUAGUCAGGGUUAAGGACACAGAGUAAAUACAUAUACAUAGCUGUAACUGACCGUUGUAAACACUGCGGAAGCGUACGUUUUCAUGUACCCACUUUUUUUCUGGCGACCGGGCAAAAAAUGAUCAACUGCGCGUGCUCUGCAAGUUCCGCGAGCAGUUGAAGCGAGUCGUCAUCCAAUCAGAUGCAUGCAUCUAGUAACUUGCUGAGCAUGCGCACAAAAAAGUGGGUACACUAGUUACAACUCUGUAUAUGUAUCUACUGUGUGGUAAGGAUGGGGCUCACCAUUCAUAAACAGCAAGACAUGAAUUUAUAACCAGAGUUGGGUGAGAGAUUAUUAGAGUUAGCAGAAUAUUAACGGUCAAACAAAUAAAAACUCAUCAACUCUUAUUAAAAUUCGGAUGUACAGUAUAGUGCCUAACUGACAUUAACACGUUUUGUGAUUGGUUUCCUGAAACAAAAGUGAUCAGUGUUUAUGACUAGUUCUUUAGAAAGAUGAUUUCUAUAGUUCAUAUGACAUUGUCAUUUCUUGUUAUUCUUAUCCUGGUGCAAAGCCUGUUUAGUCUAGUAGGUUUGUAAGCUUGGUAUGUUAUAAGUAACGAUUGUUCUAAGUAAGGUAAAUUUUGUCCGAAUCCACGCAUUAAGGCCCCGGUUGCAGGGUUUCAGAACAGUAUCAGAAAUAUCGUAACACUUAAAAUUGCGAUAUAUGAAAUAAAAAUAAUUGCGAUAUACGAAAUAAAACGAAAAAAACUGUUGAAGGGGGAAAUUUUGUGGGCAGAUAUUAGUAUCGCGUGAAUGGGACUAAAUACAAAACGAUCGCAAUGGACCCCAAACCCUUUUUUAUACAUCUAAUACAAACCAAUGUGUCAGUCAGUUAUGUGAUUGUAAUAUUAAUUAUUAUACUUUAUAGACUACAUGGAAACAUUUAUACACGCCAAAAAGUGCAAGAGAUGUUGGCACUAUCUAUCAUUUUCGCCAGAAAUUGGGCAAAAAGAACGUAUACAAUGACGUGAAAAAGAAUUUCAAGGCGUCUGCUGAAUUGUUGCAAGAAGUAACAAAGGCAUAUGUCUGCGAAGCAUUCAUGGAGUGGGCCGGUUUGGAUGACAUGGAUGGAAAACCAUCAAACAUAACGAUCCCACAUGCUAAUACCACCAAAGCAAUCAAGAAACAAUUCAUGGAAUCUGUAAUUGGAAACUUUGUUGACGAAUUCAUCCUCCCAGAUUUGGAUGCAGAGAAAGCCUUGUCACAAAAGAAAAGUCGACGUCAAACUACAACUGGUAAAAUAUCAUUUUUUUAUUCGAGCAUGCAGUUACUAGUUUCAAUAUACAGGGUUCGUAAUCUCCAAGAUCAAAAAAUUUCAAAGACUUUCAGAGACUGCCUCUGUCUAUUGUCAAAGACUUUUCAAAGACCUUUGAGAGCAAUCAGGUGUCGAAAAAUUGCGAUGUAUAAGCACCAUUUUUACCAGGUAAUUAGUUCCGUCAAAUCACGUCCUAAAAUGCACUUUUCGUCGAUAUUUGCGAAAAUUUUGCUUCAAUCAAUCUAUUUUAUUAGCUAGGAAAUCGUAUAAUCAAAUAAUCACUAAAGAAUUUAAAGACUUUCUUCGCUUUUUCACACACUUCAAAGACUCUUCAAAGACCUUACUUACAAGGAUUUCAAAGACCGCUACGAACCCUGAUAUAUACAGCCAAUUCAAAACAGGUUGUCCUUUGCACACUUAAACUCUAAGCGCGCAAAGCUUAAUGGGAGCAGAAGAUUCAAGCUUAGUAGUUGAACAUUGCAGCCAUUUGUGAAUGAAUUGCUCUCGUCAGGAGGUAUUUAACAUGUCUCUAAGAAAUGGGUUCCACAUAUGAUUUCUAAACGGAUUAAAUGAUGCUCCCAUUAUGCUUUGCACGUUUAGAGUUUAAGAUUUAGAGUUUAAAGUUUGCAAAGGACAACCUUUUUUGAAUUAGCUGUAUAUAAAUCAUAACACCACCGUAUACCGUACGUACUGAAAUAAUAUAACAGCAGGAUUAUAUUUGGACUACUCAUCGCCGCCAAGAGGGGGAGGGCAGGUGGACAAAUGGCCCCAUCAUCACAUAUGUAAAUGUUUACGAUCAGUAAAAAUAACCAUAAUGAUUUAUGUUUAUCAAAGUACAUAAAAUAUAUAACCAGUUAUACAACAAUUAUGUUGUUUGACUUUUUUCUUUUGCCACUUAUAGAUCAGCAGUCAACCCCUAUACAAAAUCAAAAUACUGCCACAGCUACAACGAGCAAAAAGGUCGCUGUUAUUCAAGUUGAUCCAAAGAGCACAUACAAACAAGGUAAACGAUUUCCACAUAUGUCGUUAAGAAUAUUGUACCCUGGAGAAAGAGCGUAUAUGCAUUGAAUAGUAUAAAAUUAUGAUUAUUAAUUUACUAUUGUUUAUUGAAAUAUAACUAGAUAUUAAAGACCAGCCAUUUUUAAUUCCGGAAACAUUACAUCCUAGAUGAAACGGUGGUUUUGCUGGGGAGCAACAUCAAGGACCUUGUGGGCGUUGGGCAAGCACAAACGUCGACGGACGGAAAUCAUGAAACAAGUAACGACAACACAGAAUAUUUCAAAAUAAAGAUCACUGCUGUCGUCAAUGCCACAUUAAUUACAGACGAACUGACAAAGGGUCAAGAUUUUGAAACGGGAAAAGAUGUUUUCUGGCCAAAAAAGCUUGUUGGCAGGCCAGUUCAAGUUGCCACUGUAUGUCAACCUCUGCCAAAAGAUGUCAACCAACGACCUACUCCCCAGCCACAAGAAGACCAUGUAUUCAACUAUGCUCUUCAGGUCAUACAAAUGGGAGUAUUCUUUAUGCAACUGGAUGACACGGAACAUGAAGGGGACGGGGAAAGAAUGAUGAGGAAUUGGAAAUUGCUGAUGUUGUACGCGAGAUGCUCGGGAAGAUCAAAAAAAUACGCUUUUGAAGCAAUGCGACUGAUAACGUACUGCAGAGCGUUAUACACAGAGAAAAUGGCACAUAGAGUCAUACAUGGCCAAUUUGUAAACCCAUCUGGUGGAAUGGGAAGAAAUUACGCAAAUGACCUGAAACAAGAACAUUUGGUAAAAUGCAAUAAAGUGAUUUUACGAGGACUAUGUGGCAAUAAAACAUUGAAAGCUGUGACCAGGGCCACCCAGAGUGCAUAUAAUGUCAAAAAGAUUACCGACAAUUUUGACCAAGAAUGCAACAUAAAACCAGAGUCACAGUCACAUACAUAUGGAGAUCCAAGCACUGACAUUACACAGAUGGUCAAUGUUCUCAGAAAAUUAAAGCCAUUUAGCUACACUAAUGGACGUAAACAUACAGCAUUUCCUACAAUUUCGAAUAGUCCUCUAAAUAAUGUGGAUACAUCUUCUCUCGAUGCAUGGUUGACAAGCAAGAAAAAGGCCAUUGCCAAAAACCCAUUCUUGGGUUACGAAGCUGAAGAUGGAGAAGAAAGUGAAGAAGAGGAUGAUGAUGACCUAACUACACUUGAGGAUUUGGAUGAAGAGGAAAAUAUGUAG